AUGGGGAUUUCACCUGAACAUCGUAGAGAGUAGAGACUAGUGAACAAACUCUGUUAGGCAGUUUCUUCCGCCUUUCUUGAGUUUCUUCUUCAAUUCUCACCCAAUUCAGUUAUAAGUACUGGAACUCAUAAAGAAAAUCCAUUUGUACAGAGAAAGAAGCAUUGAAAUCUCCUUAACAAUGGCGAUCGCUUCGCCAUCCGCUCCGAGAUUCUCGUCGUUCUGCUGCUGUAGGGUCGGCCCGGCCCGCGCGGCUGCUUCUGUAGGACUAUUGUCGCCGAUCCACACUCGGUUCCCGGCUCGGAAGUUCACGUUGUACUCAAGGCUCGACUCGUCUUCCUCCGCGUCUUCCAAUGGCUCCGACGGCGAUCUCCGCUACGAGCUGCUGCACGGCGUGCCGACGUACAAUCGCCGGCGCGGCUCGUCGGUGUUCGUGACCCUCCCGGUGGACGCCGUCAGCUCGCCGUCGGGGCAGAUGACGAGGAAGAAGAUCAUGGAGCAUUCGUUCAGGGCGCUGACGGCGAUGGGAGUGGAGGGAGUCGUGAUGGAGGUGUGGUGGGGGCUGGUGGAGAGGGAAUCGCCUAGGGUUUACAAUUGGGAGGGUUAUUUGGAGAUUGUGGCGUUGGCGAAGCGCCAUCGCUUGAAGGUUCGAGCUGUAAUGGCGUUUCAUCAGUGUGGCACAGGGCCCGAUGAUCGCUUCUGGGUUCCUCUUCCUCAAUGGGUGCUAGAAGAAAUGGAGAAGGAUCCAGAUUUAGCAUAUUCAGACAGGUUUGGGAGACGGAGCUUGGAAUACAUUUCCCUAGGAUGUGAUGUUCUGCCUAUUUUGCAUGGACGAUCACCACUGCAAGCAUAUACUGAUUUUAUGAGGCACUUUAGAGAAACCUUCAAGGCAUUCCUUGGAACCACCAUAACUGGGAUUCAAGUUGGAAUGGGUCCCGGAGGUGAGUUAAGAUAUCCUUCAUGCCCUCCAAAAAAGCUAACAAGCGCAUGGCGCUCGCGUGAACUUGGUGAAUUCCAAUGUUAUGAUAGGUAUAUGCUGGCAUCUCAGAAUGCUUGUGCUGGAGAAGUAGGUAUGCGUGAAUGGGCAAACGGUGGCCCUAUUGGUGCUAGCAGUUUGAUGCACGACCCAGAAAGCACAGAAUUUUUCAAAAGUGAUGGUUCUUGGAACACAGCAUAUGGAGAGUUCUUCCUAAAAUGGUACUCGGGGAUGCUGUUGCUUCAUGGGGAAAGGAUUUGCAAGGAAGCAGAGAGCAUUUUUAGGGGUUUUGAAGUGAAUUUGACUGGUAAAGUGGCGGGGAUCCAUUGGCACUAUGGUACUCCAUCUCACCCAUCAGAACUAACAGCUGGUUAUUACAAUACUUCACUUAGAGAUGGGUAUUUACCUAUUGUUCGCAUGUUCAGUAGAUAUAGAUUCACCGUGUGUUGUCCAUGUUUCGAGAUGCGAGAUGCAGACGAGCAAAAGCUAAAUCUAAUGAGCAGUCCCGAAGGUUAUCUUAGACGACUCUUACUUGAUGCAAGAUACUGUGAUAUUCCCCUGGUGGGUGAAAAUUGGGCCACCAGUUUGGAUGACAAAUCAUUCGAACAGGUGUUAAAGAUGUCAAAAUUCUACUCAGAUGGUCUGGAAACAUCAGACUUUUCGUUCAACUUUGUGAGGAUGGACAAACACUUUUUUGAUUCUCGGAAUUUCGCGAAUUUUACUCGGUUUGUGAGACAGAUAUCAGACACAAAUACUAUUCAAGCCAAGCUAAGUUUCGGGGAUGGUGAUAUGCGGGUUUCAUCUUCCUCUUCAGCCUCAACAGCUAACAUGAAAGCAGUUUUCGUGUACUAGGAGGACACUUAAAAAUCACAAGGACCAGGAACUUGUGAUUCAUUGUUCUGGAAUCUGAAUUGCAGCAGUGCAGUGUAUUCUUUUCAUUUGUAGUAAAUUUUCUUCUGUGCAUUGUAUUGGGUUUUCCAUUUCAUACUGAAUGGAGCAAAGAACAAUCUGUUUGUAGUGUAGAACAGUCAACAGUGCCUUCCAAUGAUUUUGAGAAUGGAUGGCUGCCUCAGCUCCUCCUAAUACUCUCUCUAUGUUACUCUUUUAGGCUUUAA